AUGACGCUUAUGUCCAUGUCGAUGAUUCUGUUAGCCAUAGUUCAGGAUAUGCCAAAAUUUAGUAUGUCAGAACGUAAAGGCCGGGGAUCAUUUUCUGGCAUACCUCUAAUUGGUUCGUGUCUUAACGCACGAAAAUUUAUCCGUUUUUUAAAUUUCCUAGGUCUCUAUUAUUUUAUGUUGCUAGUAAUUGUGAGCUUUUCUACAGUUACUACUUCUACCCCUCCAGCACAUGGUCAUUUAAAUGGCUUUGUGGGCUCUGGUAUUGUUUCCUCCCAACAGCAAUUAUUGACAGAUGAUAGACAAAGUUUAUUGAAUGUUCAACAUAGGCUUAGUGGAUCCAUUUCUAAUAUUAAUGCAACUACACAAAAUGUGGCACUUAGCCUUUUGAGGCUAAUUUCUUGUGAUCGAGAUUCGGGCUCUCGCCAAGAUAAAGCUUUAAGUAGAAGAAAAAAGGUUAUGGUAGAAGAACCUGAAGAAAAUUGUCAACCAGAUAAAAAAUUCAAAAAGAGAAAGGACGAACAGUUAAAUUCAAGUGAAGGGAUUAAACUUAGAAAAUCGAAUUCUCCAAUUCCUCCACCUCCUCCCUCACCAGCAGCAGCAGCUUUAUCCCAAAGAAAGCGACAUAGUUUGUUACACGCUGAAAGUCCUUUGGUUGGUUGA